CUUUUUUCUUUUUUUUUUCCCACAGUACAAUGUUAUUAAAGCACACUGUCUAUGUGAUUACUGGAGCUAAUCGUGGCUUUGGUAAAGUCAUUGCUGAGGUUAUUGCUUCUAAAGCUAAAGAAAAGACAAGCAUUAUUUUGGUUGGAAGAAAUAGAGCUGAACUGGAAACGAUUCAACUCGCCAAUGUUGAUACGUACUUUAUUGGUAAUAUUAGCUUAGAAGGAGCAAUUCAAACAGAGGAAACGAUUGUUAAAUCGUUGGAAGAUAUGAUGAAAGAAUGGAGAGACCAAAAUAUUGCACCUAUAACAAAGGCUGUAUUGAUUAAUAAUGCUGGAUCUACAGGGGAUUUAUCCAAAAAGGUUGAGGAUUAUACAAUGGAAGAGAUACAGACUUAUAUUGAUCUGAACGUGACAUCAUACAUUGCCUUAAUAACUGGAUUUAUUCGUUUAUUCAAGAAUUAUAAUAGCGUCACCAUGACCAUUGUCAACAUAUCUUCAUUACUUGCUGUACAAGCCUUUCCAAAUUGGGGACUUUAUGCCACCGGUAAAUCAGCAAGAGAUAUGUUGUUGAAAGUGAUUACAAAAGAGAAUCCAUACAUUCGUACUUUAUCUUAUGCGCCUGGACCGUUAAAUAAUGAAAUGCAGAAAAAUGUACGCGAGACAUUAGGAGAUGACGAACAAAAGACGCUUUAUACUAAAAUGGCAAAUGAAGGCCAAUUGGUUUCAAUGCAAGAUUCAGCAUUAAAGUUAUUCAACUUACUUGAUAAAGACAGAUUUGAAUCAGGAAAUCAUAUCGAUUAUUAUGAUGAAUAAAGCGAUAUCACAGAUGAAACAGCUUAUUAACAAGACUACAAAAUGUACUUGUUUUGUUAUGUGCGUAGUAUUUAUGGAGAAACUUUAGUUUAUAAGAAUUGAAGAUAUCUCGACAGUGUGUUUUCAUAUAAUCUAUCGCAUCAUACAAUGAUAUACCUGUUUCGAUAAGAGUAGUGGCCACCAGUCUCAGGUACUCCCUUCAGACUAGAGAUACAAUAGACAGCUAUGACUGUAUUUUGAUCAUUGGCCAAAUCUAACCACUGAUCUAUGAUGAAUGAUUAAAGCUACAUCUUAUAAGCUAUGGAUAACGUACCACGCCAUCAUCCUCAGAUGCAAAUACAUUACUUUGACCCCAUGGUUCACUUAUGCUUCAG